UGUACGUGUGUAACUUUAAAGAGUUCUUAUGCGCGUUACUCGGAGUAUUAUACGUUUUUUUAUGCAAAAAUAUAUACUUUAAUUUAAAAUAAGUGCUAACCGUAUAUGUUCACAGCUACACUGAAGCUGCAACGUAUUUAUGACACGUUGAGAUGUUUACCUAGUGACUCAAUACUUCAGUAUUUGAAACAGCUGUAACUCUUCUUUUGUCUUGCUUUCGUAUGAAUAAUGGAGACGUUUUCGAUCGGACCUCAUCUUUUUGUGAUUUUUUUAGCAAAGUAAAACCCGACCAGCGGUUAUUUGUGUGGAUUAUAUUUUCAUGACUGAACAUGGGACAUAAAACUUGUUUAAACGGAGAUAUUCACACUUGUAAACUUUUACAAAGUAAUUUGCGCCACAGCUUGACGAUCAUUUGACAGGGAUACAGUAAACCUCACUGUAUCACACUUCUGUGAAUGCAUUUAUGAAGUCACGAUGAAUCCUCGGGUAAGCCUGAUAUCUGGAUUGAUCUGGAUCGGUGUGAUACAGUGCUGUCAUUCCAGACUGACACUGGACUGCGACAAUGGGAAGGCAAAUCUUGAUACAGACCUACCAGCAUCUGAAGAGCUCAUGUGUCAAAAGCUUUGGCCACAGUCACAGAUGAAUAUUCCUGAUAUUGACACAAAAUAUCCUAUACAGGCUUCCGAUUACAUCUGUAUGGACACACCCAUUACAUACAAUGAUACAAUACCUACCCAUGGUCCUUACAGGCCUGUUGAGGCAGAAAGCGGAGAGUAUCUGUAUUGUCCACCCCAGCGUUGGCUACACAACCUCAAAAGUGGCGCACUGGUGCUUCUCUAUCACCCCUGUGUCUCAACUGAAGCUCGCAGGAGUCUCGCCGUGUUGGCUCGGUCUUGUCUGGCUCAUUACAUUCUCACACCUUACCCCUGGCUCAGCCAACACAGGCCUUUAGCUCUGGUUUCUUGGGGUCGUUCGCUAGAGACGUCUCGCAUCACACCAGGGGUUUGUGAUUGGUUAGUUUCCAUUUCCUACAAUAUAAGUCAAACCAGCACAAGCCAAGGAACAAAGUACAAUCUGUUUUUGACCAAACCAGCACCUGUGGACAGACUAAUGGACAUCAAUGAAGAGAUGUCAAGUUUGGAAGGAUUAAAGUCUCUUAAAAAUUGCUGCUCUGAAGCUCUCAAUCUUGAAGUACGGAGGACAAGAGGAAGAUCCAGGAAGACCAGGAUGGCCCUUAAACAAACGUCACAAGAAGUCAAACCAAGCAAACUUAACAGCACAGACUAUGCACAACAAAACAUUACAGACACACUUUCCGAAAAUAAUAAAACUGUGAUGAACUUGCCGUCACACAAUUCAUCGACAGAGUUAGGGGAACCAAGCAGGGGUGCCAAGGUCGAGGAGAUGACUGAAGCAGAGAAGCAGUUUGCACAAAGUAAUUUAAAUGAAGGAAGUAAAAACCAGAUAUACAGGAAGACACACAAGAAUACAACGGUAGAAAGGACGAGGCAUCGGAUAAAGACUGACACAAAGGCCCAGAGGUUUGGAUCUGAAUGCGAAGAUCUCGGACUGUGUGAAACUCCAGAGUCUCCAGGUAUCGAGGGUCUGUCGAAGGGGCAAAGGAUAAAGAUCCCACGUUCAGAUGAAGCCAUGUGGGCAGCAGCCGCUUUGGGCUUCCUGUUGGUGCUGCUCACCCUGUCUGUGCUCCAUACACGCCUCUAUCGCCACUGCAGGUCUUCAACCAGCCUCUACUGGCAAGACAACAAGCAAGACUUUGAGAAUGUGGGUGAUAUAAUCCGGCGGAGACUCAGGAUGGUUGGCAGGAGGAAGAGGAGGGGCAACUAUAACAGGAGAAAGGAAUGUGCAUUACUGUCCAACUCCAGCAAUGAGGAGAACUCGGACUGACUACAGGAUUGUUGAACACUAUGGGAAUUGACAGGAUAUGCAUGCUAGGAUACUGGUUUGAGUUUCUGCCACCCAGAUUCAACACAGACCUUGUUAUCGAUCAUUCACUUAUAUAUUUGGUGAACUUUUACAUGAAGAACUAUAUUUAUGACAUUUUAAAGAUUUUUUGGGAAUAGUCUGUAAUGCAUACAUUGUGUUAAAUUAUACAAUUAUUGUUAGCAUUUUGGUUAUAUGAUUAUAACUCGCCUUUUUUUUUCAAGUUUAUGUGUUAUUGAGUAGGUGAAAAACAAAGUAGUUUGUAAUACCUGGAGAGAGCUAUACAGUACAUUAGCAUCUCCAUUAACCUCAAUGGUGGUUGCUUGGCUGCCAUAUACAAUAUUGCUGCCAUCUUUCAUGUGCACUCAGUUCUUUUUUGAACUGUAAAUGGUGUGUAAUUAAUUGCCUCCAAAAAUGACUUGUAAAUGUAGUGAAUCAGUGGAAAAAAUUUUAUUUAAAGGACCAGUGUGUACAUUGCUAGCGGCAUCUAACGGCUCAGUCCAUAGCUCACCCCCCCUUUCGUAAAGCUACAGUAAUGCCACAAGACACACAAGUCAUCGUCUAAGACAACGUAGUGACAAAAUGCAAUCUGUAGAGCAGUUUGUCCAUUUAGGGCUACUGUAGAAACAUGGCGUGAAAUUACGACUCCCAUAUAAGGAGAACUGCGGUGAUGCAGAUAAAAACUUCUCAUUCUAAGGUAAUAAAAACAAUACAGUUCAUUAUAUAAGGACGUUAUACACCACUGAUAAUAUAGUUAUGUAUAUUAUAUUGCAUUUCUGUCAAGAGAUCCUUUUAGAAUGUACACGGUCACCUUUUAAACACUAUUGAACUUACCAAUGAAAUGCGUAAAAUGGGAAGUUAGUUGUUUAAAAACCGUUCCUUUAAGGAAAAUACAUAAAUUAUACUUAAAGGUGCAGUGUGUAAUUUUUAGAAGGAUCUCUUGACAGAAAUGCACAAUAAUAUACAAAACUAUAUUAUCAGGGGUGUAUAAAGACCUUUUAUAAUGAACCAUUAUGUUUUUAUUACCUUAGAAUGAGACAUUUUUAUCUACAUACACAGCAGGUCCCCUUACGUGGAAGUCGCCAUUUUGUGCCGCCAUGUUUUCUACAGAAGCCCUUAACGGGCUUUUUUUACUAAGUUUUCUCUGUCAAUUACAUAUUUUUCCAGUGGCGGCUACCAUAGCUUCUCUAUGCGCUUAAAAACGAGGAGUGAGCAGUGGACUGAGCUGUUGGUUGCAAUUUGCAGCCUCACCACUGGAUGCCGCUAAAAUUGACACACUGCACCUUUAAUCGUCAUUAAUUGCACAUAUUUUGUAGUAUCUGAUCAAUUUUAAAAACUGUUCCUUCCCUGGCCAUAGGAAGUUCACUUUCCUCUGCUUUGACAGUUCGAGCAGGUAACAAAGAUCAGGUUUAUUAGCUACACUACAGAGAUACACAAAACAGACCAAACAUGCAUUGAACAUGUGAGAGUAAGGGAAGAAUAGAGAGAGUAUGAGAGAGAGAGAGAUGCACGUCAAUCAAUUCACCUUAUUCAAAGUGGAAUCUCUUUGAAGAGAAGAGGGUGUCUAAACUAGCACCAAUUUAUGAUGAGCGAGAGGAGUAAGGAGACGAUAAGAUCUUUUGGGGAAUGUAUUAUCAGAGGACCCUUGCCCCCAUUGGAACUGUUGGUUCGAAACCCCUUAUUCAAGUUAUGAUUCAAAGCUGUUGCAAUCCAGAUGGCUCAAGACCCAACAUUUGGCCUCGCAGCCAGAUGUUACAAAAACAUCAACUAUGAUGUAACGAAAUAUUUGUCAGACUAUUUUUGUAGACUACACAACUACUUUUGAAUAGCUGUCAGUAAAGAAAUGUCAUUUUGCCUGCAGAAUAAUGUAGUUGAAGGAAAACACCACAGUUUUUCAAUAUUUUGAGAUGUUUUUAUUUCAAAGUAGACAAAUUUAUACAUACCUAUUUUUUUUCAAUGCGUGCACUUUAUCUUUGUACAGCGCGUCGUGGAUGUGUUAGCAUUUAGCCUAGCCCCAUUCAUUCCUUAGGAUCCAAACAUGUUUUCCCUAUUUAAAGGCUGUUACAUGAGUAGUUACACGAGUAAGUGUAUAUAUAUAUAUAUAUAUAUGUGUGUAUAUGGUUAAUUAUUAUUACUGUAAUACCAUAACACAUUCAUAAACAAAUUGUAUAUAUAUAUUACACCAUAGCAGUUGAAAAUCAAGUUACCACUCAUGCAUUGUAGUAGCAGUAGUGUUUUAAGUUUAACCAUGAUCACUAUGGUACAUUUUAUGGGUUUUUAUUUCAUUCAGUGUUGUAUUAGACGUCACACCAAAGUCACAUCCUGAUUGCAAUCUUUCUCUUUAAAGGAUUAUAAGGGGUAUAAUCCGGAUCAUCGUGGAUACUGUCUUGUGAAAUGCUCUUCCUUCCAGUCACUGUGCAGAAGGAGUUAAUCUAUUAAAACUGAAACAAUCUUCACAGCAAACAGUUUGUCAAUCAUAAUCCUGUGUUGUUGCCAAACUCAUAUUGGCUUUGCCUUUGAGAAACAUUUUGAAGUAUUUUGAAAUGUAUCUAUUUUUGUAACACGACGCUACAGUAGGCUAUUGAGUCUUUUAGCAGAUGUUCAUUUUUCUUUUCCUCAUAAUUUUUCCUGUUCAAAAGAAUUAAUGGUACGAUUAUCUCAGAGAUCAUCUACAGAAGCUCUUUUGCAAAUGAGAGUUGUGCAAUGGAAGUAGCCUGAAAGCAAAAUAAAUGCAUUGCAAUCUA